AUGGACAACAGUGGUGAAUGUGCACUUCGGGUCCCUGGAAUCAAUGCCAUUCCCGUGAACUAUGAGCUAGACGUCAAUGAGCGGUUCGCCAACAAGGGUCACGUCCCGCGUCUUACAAGGCCUGAAGUAUUGCUCCGUCGUCUCAUAGAACAUGUGACCGACAAGAAAAACUGGGAACAGGACAUCUUUGAUGAAAAUGCGGUCACCGAGUGGUAUACCGAAGCCAAGUUAGACUCGACGCUAGGAAGCGAUUUGAGGUAUGAAUGGGACAUCGAUUUUGAUAUGGACUUGGUUUCGGCAAACACCUGGAACUGGUGCAUUCAGGAGCUUCGUGAUAAGGCCCUCUAUUUCAUUAAGAAAGGCUAUGUCCUUACAUUAAAUGCUGAUUCUGAUAAAAGAGGAAGAACAGCUAAACCGUUCAUCGACAGGAGGGAAGAUCCGGGUGACUCUCCGCACACCGAUCAUAUAUACCAGUCCAUCUCGCUACAAGAUAAUUUCCGUGAGCAGGGACUUCAAAUUAUUGUUCGUGUUUCCAGCAUCGAUCUCACUCCAGAAAACCCGACAUUUCAGGGGGAUGAUGAUUUCCACGUAAAAGGCCUACUAAAUGAGCAUAUUGCCGGUGUGACGAGGUACUACUACGACGUUGAGAAUAUCACCGAUACACGUAUUCCCUUCCAACAAGAAGACGACCUUGACCCAUUCGAGUUCAGACUGGGUGUUGAUGCCAUGCACAAGAUAUUUGGGCUCCCGCUCUUCGAAGGAGAGGAGUGCUAUCCACAAAAGCUUCAAACACUUGGGUCGGUGGGCACAAACUAG